AUGGAUUGCCUCUGCGCCGCGCCGCCUGCUGUUAUGAAGUCUUACAAGCUUGUGUACUUCGAUGCCCGGGGCGUGGCUGAAACAGCGCGGCUGGUUUUCGCAGCUGCCAAGCAGCCCUUCGAGGAUGUGCGCCUUUCCCUUACCUUCGGAACGCCUGGUGACUUUAGCACCAUCAGUCGCCCAGAGUUUGAUGACAUGAAGGCCAAGGGCGAACUGGACGUGUCCAUGGGGAAGGUCCCACUCCUGGAGGUGGACGGCAAGAAGCUCGCACAGUCCAAGGCCAUCGAGCGAUACCUUGCCAAGGACUUGGGGCUCAUGGGUAGCUCCAGCGUGGAGGCUGCCUUGAUUGACAUGCUGGGGGAGACAAUCCGCGAUCUCAAGGAGGCUUACCAGAAGGCCAAGGGUGUCAAGGAGGAGGAGAAGAAGGCAGCACUGGAGAAGUGGUUCAAGGAGGAGCUUCCAGAGUGGGUUGCAAAGGCAGAGAAGUCCAUUCCACCAGGGCCAGGGCCCUUCUUGGUUGGAGGCAAGCUCUCACUGGCCGACCUACAGUGGUACGUGCUGCUCCAGUCCCCUGGCGGCUUCUUUGAUGAUGCGGAGGCAGCAAAGGCCUCUUUCCAG